UUGCCGCGAGAACUCAUUUCCCGAGGACACUUCUUUUACCAUGGCCGAGUUGUCUUCGCCUCCUGAGUGUCUUCAGGAAAACAAGGAGGACAUGUUGGAGCUGAACAAUGACUUAGAGAGCAUGAUUGAAAACGCUGAAAACAUAUCAGUGCAGUUGACCUGGAUGACAUAUGACAUGGCGGUCCUGCGGACCAGUCCUGAGCUGGGAGUCCUUAUGAAGACUUUGGAGGAAGCCUGUGACAGAUGCACAGUGGCUGUGUAUGGAGAACGUGACCAGGAGCCUGAGAGGGACGGACGUCCUUAAACUGCUGCUGCGACAUGUUCUCACAUGUGAAGUUGUUUUCAGUUUCCACUUCAAAGGAGUUGCACUGAGGAAAAGGAGGGAAGCUUGUUAAAGUAAUAUCGCACUGAAUUGUAAUUGUAUUGUGCUUCAAGUAAAAACUGUACUUGUUGUAGUCUCUUAUUCACAAGGAGAAAUGAAGUAUUUGGACUUUCCUUGUCUGUUUACUUAAAAAGGGAUGUUUGGUUCCGUAGUGCAAUCUGUAUUCAGAUUCAGAUUCGUAGCAUAUUAAUUUGUUGUCUGUUGAUGUUAGGUUUAGGCAACCUGUUUGUAUUAAAGUGAUUUGAUGCAAUUACCAUGUUAAA